UUCAACCAAGAUAAUAAUAAAAAAAAAUGUCAAAAUGGGGAAUUCUAAUAUAAAACAGCAUAUUGACACAGCAGAGAAAACUGGAGCAUGCCAACUGUGUAAACUUGGACUUAAGGAGUUUCCAGAAGAUUUACAAAGAUUGACCAAAAAUCUAAGAACACUAGACUUGUCAGAAAAUAAAAUACCAUUGAUACCUCCAGUUAUUGGAUCCUUCUCCUUGUUAAAAAAUGUGAACCUCAGCAAAAAUAGACUGGAAACAUUACCAACAGAAUUUGGGAAUUUGAAAAAGCUGGAAUCUUUGUCUUUAGAAAAUAAUUGCCUGACAUCAUUACCGGAAUCCUUAGCAAAACUUACUAGUUUACGUACACUGAAUUUAUCAGACAAUCGGUUGAAGUUAUUUCCUAAGCUAGUGUGUGCACUGAGGCAGUUGGAUGCUUUAGAUCUAUCAAAGAACAAAAUCACAGUUUUGCCUGGUGACUUGCAACAGUGUCAAGCUAUAGAGCUAAAUUUGAACCAGAACCAGAUUUCUGGUCUGCCUGAAAGCUUGACGUCAUGUCCCCGAUUGAAAGUGCUAAGAGUUGAAGAAAAUUGUCUCGAGAUCUCUGCCUUUUCUCCGCAAUUAAUGAAGGAGUCGAGCAUUGCGCUGUUAGCAGUGGAAGGCAAUGUGUUUGAUAUGAAGGCCUUUAAUAAUUUGGAUGGAUAUGAUGAGUAUAUGGAACGAUACACCGCAACAAAGAAAAAAUUCAACUGAAAAAUCACCGAUGCCUGGAAACAAAUGGAUUCAAGUUCAACAUAGAAUAUGUUAUUUGAUAAAUAAAGGUUCCCCAACAAGUGACGGUUAGCUAGCAUGAUUAUCUAACCGAGUUGGUUAAUUUUCAAAUUGUUUAAAGACGCGUUUUCUCGGGUGUCAUUUAAAAUUUGAAAAUUAACUAAUGAGAGUCGGACGAACAUGAUAACCAACCACCACGAGUUUGGGGACCUUGUUCUACCAUAACAUUGACAUUUUGUCUGGAAAACCACAUGUUUCCAUUAUGUCCAUUUCCAAUGGGAAAAACAAUGGCCUCGGAUCAUGACUAUCGGGUGAUCGAAAUGUUUUCCAACUCCUAUCAGGUUUGUCUAUCGAGUCGGGAGUGAGGAAACCCAAAGUGGUUGUGGGAGAAAUACACAUUAUAAGCAAUAUUAAGCGAUAGUUACCCAGUUUAACAGAUGGAUAUCCUUUGAGUAUGUGGGGAUUCACAAUAACUCGAUGACUCAUGAAAUGUAAAACAUUUAUUUUUAAGCUGAUCUUUUUUUCUGAAAGUUUUAGUGGAAAAACCAGCUUUAUUGUCAGUUCCUGGCUCAAGACAUUUCAUUGUAUUUCAUGGUACAUGCAGGUAUUUGUUAAAUAAAAUGUACAAGUACAAAGAAGGAUAUAAUGUAAAUGUAAUAAAAGUUCACUUUAACUUUAUUUCUAGUGUUCUUUUAAAAACUUUCUUGAUAGCAUGUUACGUAAUGAAAAUAACUGUAUUUAUCUAAUUUAUAGUUCAUGAGAUUUUCUUUCCAAUGAUAUAUACAUGUCUUGCAGAUCUUUUUAGAAGUAAUAUCAGUUGUAACUAAAAUUUCAUUUUUUCUCGAAAACCAAUCCCUUACGGCAACAUGUUAAGAUUUGUAUUUUUUCUCACAAAUGUAUAAGGUAUCCUGGGCAGAAUCUAUAUUUAUUAAAAUUUUGUUUUUAAGUCAAUUGUUAGAUAUUUACAUAUAUUUUUUAUAUCAAGGGGAACUAAAAUUUAUAAGAAUAAUGUUAACAAUAGAGAUAUCUGGAAAUUUAAUAAUAGAAAAACAGAGAAGAAUUUACAAACUAGCUUUGCUGAAACAAAACAUGAUUAACCUGUAAAUAAUUGAUUACUGAAGGGUUGUACUGGUAUAUAAUUAUGUACAUGUUUGUUUACCCAUUCACCCUUUAUGUCACAUUUGAACCUUACCAAGUCAAAUACUGGGCAAGUCCAGUUCAGAUAUGUAGGGGUGAAUGAGUUGAGAUAUGUUCCUAUCAUUCCUAGUGAAAACAUCAGGCCAAAUAUGAUAUACAUUAUAAUUUGAGAAAAAAUAUUGAUAUUUAUGAUUCUUUUGUUCUUAUUCCUUACUUUAUUUUUACUUUAAUUAAAUUGUUCUAAUGUAUGUGUUACUGUUGGGAGUCCGUGCGUGCAAUACACCUGUUACAUGUUUCUUGUUACAACGCUCUGUUUCUUCUACCAUUGAAUUCAUAUUAUGUGUAAUUUCAUACCCUUAAAACGUUUCUACUGAGCUGAUAAAAAUAUUCAAAUAAUUAUUUUUUGAUGUUUUUAUAUUUAAAACUUGACAACCCAUGUAGUAAUUGGCAACUCAUAACAUAUUUCGUCCAUUUUUAGACUUUAAGCAAUCUUUUUUAAUCUGUAACUACAAGUUUUCCAAUGGGAAUUGUGACGUUAGAAAAAAUCUUUGGGUGGUCACGGCCGAAUUAAUUUUGCUUACUAUGAUGAUUAAUGUGAAUACAGAACUUAGAGAAUUGAUCUCUACAAAAUGAAAAAAUAUGAUAAAACCUAUUCAGAAAAAUAACAUAUAUUUUAUCGUAUGGAGACAAAUGUCAUUUUAAAGUAGAAAACUGUUAUCAUGCUGCAUUACAUUGAAUCGUAAUGAGUGACCACUUAAUCACAGGGACCUGAGAAUUUGUUACAGCUAUAAUUGGAUAUAAAGUAAGGUGUUGAGGAAUUUUACUCGUUUUAGGGGUUUACAUCAGCUUUCGGUAAAAAUGCCGCCCCAAUGAUGAUAUAUACGUGUAAAACUACUCUGAAACACCUUAGUAUAGGUCCAGCUAUAGCUGUGAAGUGUAAUACAUUUUCAAGUCUGUGCACCGUUAUUCACAUGCGAGCCAGGUAAACCAAUAAGUGUGCAUGCUAUAUAAUGAUUAGUUGAUGUUAUGUAGAUGUUCCUGUGUGUUCGUCAUCCUCGAUACUCCAGGGGUUAUGCUCAAGCCUUAAAAGAAAACUAUCUUAACCAAAAAUCAAAAUUACUUCCAUUCUAUUAAAAUACCAAUUAUUCAUAAGAUGUUCUUGUAGGUCACAAGAUUACUUAUUAUCAAACAAAGCUGUUUGAUGAAGACUGUGGGCAAGUUUUAUAGUCGCCAUCAUUAUCUCAGUGAGAAAAAUUCUAGAUAUGGACGUUGAUAUUUUUGAAUAUAUACAUUGUCUUGUUUUAAGCUCACCGGGUACAAAGGACCAUGGUGUGCUUAUGCCAUACCGCAGCUUCCAUCGUCCUUCUGUCCGUCCGUCCGUCAACUUUUCCUUUAAAACGCUACUUGUC